UUAAUGGCGUUGAGAAUAGCAAGUCACUCCCGCCACGAAUAUUUUUGUGGUUCUGAGCUUAGUCUGACAGGCAUUCUACAGUAACAAUCCGCCCAUUCCCCAGUUUGGACCACAACAUUUACUUCACUGUUCAUCUUCAUUUCGAAUUAAAGUCAACACCUUCGGAACCAACCCAUGUCAACUCUGCAAUCUCUGCGACCUUCUUUCCAUCCAUCAAUCUCACCCCCAAAUUCUCACACUUUCCCCUUCGCUCCCGUUAAUUAUUCCCCCAAAUCAAUGGGCUCAAAGGUUGUAACCCUAAGACACUCUGCUAUAACUCCUAGGGCUUCCAAUUCGGAGUACACUCCUGCUCACGCCGAAAAUCUCGGUGAUGUUAGCAUUUUCACUGCUUCCGGCGAGCCAGUAUUGUUCAAAGAUCUCUGGGAUCAGAGCCAGGGAGUGGCUGUGGUGGCACUGUUGAGGCACUUUGGGUGCCCGUGCAGCUGGGAAUUGGCUUCAGCCUUGAAAGAAUCCAAGGAAAGGUUUGAUUCAACUGGAGUCAAACUUAUUGCAGUGGGUGUUGGUACUCCCAAUAAAGCUCGUAUGCUUGCGGAACGGUUACCAUUUCCAAUGGAUUGCCUUUAUGCUGAUCCUGACCGCAAGGCAUAUAAUGUUUUGAACCUAUACUAUGGUUUUGGCCGAACUUUCUUGAACCCAGUCAGUGCCCAGGUGUUUUCGAGAUUUGAUGCUCUGCAGAAAGCUGUCAAGAACUAUACAAUUGCAGCCACUCCUGACGAUAGAAGUGGUGUGCUGCAGCAGGGAGGGAUGUUUGUGUUCAAAGGAAAGCAGCUACUAUAUGCAAGGAAGGACGAAGGGACAGGUGACCAUGCCCCUUUAGAUGAUGUUUUUGAUGUCUGCUGCAAAGCUCCUGUUGCGUGAUACUGUACUGUAUGAAAUUUAAAUUUGUAUUAACAUUAGGUAUGUUCCGUUUAAGAAGAUACGUGAUAGUAGAUUAGGAUUUCCGUGAAUCAUAUACAUGACAACAUACUUAAGUUGUGGAUAUGAUUAAACAUCAUAUACAAAUAAAGUUCAAUCUAUAAGUAUGUUGUCAUUUAUAUAGUUCUCUGGGAACUCAAUUCUGUUGCAACAAAACUUGAUUAUGAUAUGAUGAGUGUAAUAUAUGUUAGCUUUUCAUAUUUUAAUCAUUAUGAAUGAUUAUAAUGUAAGUUUUAAUCAGUAUAUGCCUAAAGAUAUAUUACUCGAGGAAACUAGGUGUUACCUACCGAGACUCUAAAUAACAGUGACAACAAUAUAAUUGUAGCCAUGUUUUCUCUU